AAACCUUUGAAUAAUAAUGAGGCUUCAAGUAAUUCGUAUGAACAAACUCCAAAUGACUAUACUGAAUCGUCAAGUAAUUUUCAAAAACAAGCUAUGGUUAACAAUAAUUACAAACAAACUCAAAAAAACUCAGCAACAUCAUCUCGACGUUCUGUUUUUGCACCAUUUCGUUCACCUUUCAAAGAUUCUUCAAAACUAAACCUUCCAUCACAUUCAAGACAAACACAUUCAGAACCACCAAAUUCAGGACUAAAAACAUUGCAUGCAGAACCAUCACAUUCGGAACCAGAAGCUUUGAAAAAGAAUUAUAAUCAA